AUGACCACUGCUGCUUCGCGCGACUUGCCUCAUCAGCACCAACCACAACAGGAACACGCAAAGGAAGGCCUAAGCUCGUGGUGGGCCCGCUUCAAAUCCAAACCUUCCAAGAAGGAAGAACAGCCAAGCAAGGGCAUCUUUGGCGUCCCACUGCAUCAGAGUAUCCAGUAUGCAAAUGUCGCGAUAUCGCUCUAUAAUGACCAAGGCCAGCCCUUCAUCUACGGCCACAUCCCUGUCGUCGUCGCCAAGUGUGGCUUAUUUCUAAAGGAGCAUGCAACCGAGGUCGAGGGCAUCUUUCGACUUAGCGGCAGUGCCAAGCGCAUCAAGGAGUUGCAGGAAGUCUUUGACCUGCCGCCAAAGUAUGGCAAGCAGCAUGAGUGGAACACCUAUACCGUGCAUGAUGCUGCCAAUGUCCUGCGCCGCUACCUGAAUCAUCUACCAGACCCAAUCAUUCCUACCGAUUGGUAUGAUUCCGUGCGCGAGCCCAUUCGCAAUGACUGGCCACUCGAGCGCGCCAUCCCCAGAAUGCAGGAACUCGUCUCUUCCCUACCGCCCGUCAAUCGACAACUGCUCCUCUACAUUCUCGAUCUACUCGCAGUCUUUGCCUCGAAAGCAGAGAUGAAUCGCAUGACGAGCGAAAAUCUGAGCGCCAUCUUCCAGCCUGGCGUUCUGUCCCACCCGCGUGAUGACAUGGCUCCGCAAGAGUAUCACUUGUCGCAGAAGGUUCUCGUGUUCCUGAUUGAUAAUCAGGCGCACUUUUUGCUAGACAUGUGUCCGCCUACUGGACCAGCGCAACAAGCAACAGGUACUGAUGUCGCUGGGUCGCCCAAACGCGCUGCCGGGCUUUUACGCCGAAAGACGCUCAACACGCCGAGACGUAGCUUUUCAUUGCGCAGUCCCAAGUCAGCUGAUGGAACGCAGGGAGGGGCCAACCUGCCAGCUUCCUUUGCGAAGAGCAGCUCUCCGCUGCCUCCCGCAUCAGGCGCAGUGUCGAGAUCAAACACGUUGCCUACGAAGCGUCAAGCGCCAGGUCAGCAGCAGCGCGCACAAGACGGGCCGCGUCAUGCAUCCUUGCCAUCCUUGAGACAUGACAAUUCAUCCACAAUGCCGACAGCAGGUAGUUCUGCAACUGCUCCAGUUCAAGCAUCUAUUCCUGAAAUGCCCGAGGGAUCGCCGGCAACACAAGCCGUGCCUGUACCUGUGCCUACCAAUGCAAUGCAUCGCAGCAGUCCUGGAUCAUCACGGACAAGUCUUCGACUACUCGAUGAGUCCAACCGUCAUACAGUCCUUGCUCCUUCACAAGUCGCAGGUGAAGGCAGACGCUCGCGGCGAUCCAGUCAAACAUCUUCGCUUCGUGGAGAUAAUGAGUUCAGCAUUCUUGGUGGUCGCAAGCUGCGUAGUGAUAUUUCUGCAGAGUCUGUGACUGGCGGCAGCGGUGAACUGUCUUCAUCGAUACCGGCAGCUAUGAGCAGCACCAGUGAGAUCCAAGCAGUGCCAACCUCAACCUCUGUGGGGCGUGCCUCACAGCGGAGUGCAGAACCACCGAUGACCAGCAGCAGCCAUAGCGCCGCAGCUGGUACAAAGCCUUCGAGCAGCCCAGGCAAGUUUAGCAACUUCUUCAAGCGUCGUACUCGCAUGGGUAAAGACGAGAUGCUGAGUCCAAGCAGUGAGACUGGCAGUGCUCCUGGUCGGCGAGACCUGGAUGACUGA